AUCCGAAAACACAAUGUUAAUCAGUCACGUGACACCCGGCGUAGAAAACUCGGCUAGGGUUUUAUUACGCGGGAACGCAUUUGACAACCAUGGCCACAGCAUUAUAUCUCGAGCAGUACCUCGACAGUAUUGAAAAUCUUCCUUUUGAACUGCAGAGGAACUUCACUUUGAUGAGAGAUUUAGACCAGAGAACACAAGAGCUUGCCAAGAGCAUAGACGAAGACACAGUGAACUACUUGAAGACUGUGAAGGAUCUGAAGCCUGAGCAGAGAGCGGAGAGACUGAAGAAGAUCAACCAUUCUUUCACAAAGAGCAGGGAAUAUGGCGACGACAAAGUUCAGCUCGCUAUGCAGACGUAUGAAAUGGUUGAUAAGCAUAUACGACGGUUAGAUGCAGACUUGGCAAGAUUUGAGCAGGAGCUAAAAGAGAGAACGCUGGAACAGGCCUCACCCGUCGAAGGCAGAGAAAAAAAAAAAAAAGGAGCUGAAAAAUCUGCGAAGAAACUGAAGAAAGCUGGAAGAUCGUCUGAUGAUGAAACACCAAAGACUUCACGGAAGAAGAUGAAGACCUCCGCUGUCGAACCUGUUGUAACUCCCAUCCUAACGUUACCAUCAGUCAUCAACUCACCUUCAGACGUCCUUGACAUGCCAGUCGACCCCAACGAGCCAACGUAUUGCUUAUGUCAUCAAGUUUCCUACGGCGAGAUGAUUGGUUGUGAUAACCCAGAUUGUCCGAUCGAGUGGUUCCAUUUUGCAUGCGUUGGUCUGGUCACGAAACCGAAAGGAAAAUGGUUUUGUCCGAAGUGCUCACCGGAGAAAAAAAAGAAAUAACGUCAGCUGCAAUAUUCUUAUUUAUUUUUUUCCAUUUUUGACUAUCUGUAAAUAAAUUGUAAAUAUACAAAGAUGAAAUAUUGAGGCUUAUUAGCAAAAUAUUAUUAUUAGUAUAAGUUACUAUAGCUUAUUUGGUGUCGAGACAAGUCAUGAAUAGUCUAUGCAAGCUGCACGUAUGUAUACAUGUAUCAAGAAAGCUGGAGUCUAGAGAAUGUUGAGAUAGAUGUUGGGAGCACACAGAAAAGGGUUCGAAGUGGUAGUAAUGAUGUCACAUAGGAUAGUAAGGAUGAUGUCACAAAGGGUCACGCAUAUGGUAGAUUGCUCAAAUUUGUUUUCCUGUGCUAGAGUCUCUUGAACUGUUCGUCCAGAAACUGACUAAAACCUAUUGCUUAGAUGCACUCUCAAGCUAUCCUAGAUAUUGAUUAGUUAGAUCUCCAAUAUAAUAUAAACAUAGUGUUAAUCAAUUUAUUCUUCCUUUGCUAGAGUUUAUUUUCUGGAGCAAUAGAUCGAAACCUGUCAUUUCGAAGCACUCUCAAGUUAUCCUAGAUAUCUGUUCGUUCUACGAGACCUCUUAGCUAGGGUAGUGUUAAAGGGAUUGAUGAUUUGAAUACAAGUCAAGGAUCAACAGAUAUUCGUUGAUCAUUUAUGAAUUAACAAUGCAGAAGUGUCUAUAGGAUGAUUCUGCAAAAUGUGUCCUGUACAGCAUAUGACUUUUUCCAUUUAUUCUUUUAAAAAUAGAAAAUCUUGUGACAUGACCGAGGAAUAACAUUAGUGAUAACCGAAAGAAUCAUUCUUUGGUGGUCGUAUCAUGAGAUUUUCUUUUUUUAAUCAAAUAAAUGGAUAGAAGUGGUAUGUUAUAUCAAGACACAUCGCAUAUAAUUACCCUAUGUUGGAUGCCAUUUUAGUCUGCUUACUCAAAGUUCUCACACAGGAGCCAUGUUAUUGUAGUCAAACAAAAAAGUAGGUCAUGUGGAGAGAUGUCAGAGUUUCAUUAUGGGAGUUUACCGGUACAUGCUUCUCAGAAGAAAAAAAACUGUAGUUAGACCAUUUGAUAGUAUGUUCAGAUCUUCUCAUGAAAGGGAUAAUAUACACAAAGAAUUGCUUGUAAGGAAUAUGCAAACAGGAAAGAGCUUUAGUUAGAGUGUUAGUAUUUCAUAUUUAGUAAUCAAGUUGGUAUGUUUAUAUUAUAGUCAAACCUGUUUAUAGCAACCGCCCAAGGGAAACACAAAAAGCGGUCUUUCUAGACAGGUUCCAUUAGUACAUGUUUCAAUGAGAAACCAUUUUCAAGGGAAACAAAAAUCUGCUUGUUGUAGACAGGUGGUCACUAAGGCAGGCUUGACUGUACAAUGUUCUUUUGGAAGGGUUACAUUCACUGAAGAAUUAAAAAGUGAUGUUUUUAAAAUGCAGCUAUGUGAUUUAGUUAGCAUUAAAUGAGGAUUAACUUUCAGUGAGUUUAUGGUUAUAUAUUAUCAAAAGUGUCAAUAUGUUCUACAGUUCAUUUGUUAAUGAGUAAUUAUAUUGAGGUGUAUUUAGAGAAGUUAAGAAGGUGAUAAGAGGAAUAAGGGGAAUCAUACCACUCCAAUUGGAAGCAGAAAACAGAAGCAGACUGGUGAAAGUUUGAGCAAAAUCUGACAAAUAUUAAGAGAGUUAUGAAUAUUUAAAACAAAUUUUUCCCCAUUUUUUCCAACACACAAAAAUGUUAAUUUAUAAAUGUAUGACUCAGGAGGGUCCUUUCCUUUUAGAGGACCUAUAAUAUUAAGCUGUUCAUAAUAUAUUUUGAGUAGUACCCCAAGUAACCAAAUUGCCAACUUAAGAUGUGCAUAUGUUUAGUGAUUUUAAUCAUUCAUAACUGCUGUUAUCGGUCUGAUUUAUUUAAAACUUCUGCCAUUCUGUUUCUUUUAUUCUUCUGCUUUCAUACAAAUAAACUUAUUUUGAACAUUGUUUAGUUGUCCUUCAACAAUGGUAAAAGAGGAUUUCCUUUGAAGUUGAGAGAUUAUUUCUCCAUCUGUUUGAAAGUACAUUACUGGUAUAAGUUAUCCUGUGUGCUUGCCAUUAGAAAUAUUAUCUUUUCAUCCUAUGUACUUAUUUUAAAAUGCCCUCUUCAUCUUGACUAUUGCCCACCUGAGAAUGUUUUAAGGGAGGUACUAACCAUGUAAUAGCUAUGAUAAUGGCAUGUAUGCUUAGUUGAAGAUUUUGAUUCAUGACUCAUGUGUGUAUUGUAAAAAUGACCAAAUUAAUUGUCUUUUUUAUUGUGACUCUGAUGGAAGGGGGAGGCCUCUUUUUUUAAAAAAGUAGAUCAUUAAUUUCUGAUCUUUACCGAUGCAUAACAAAAAGAAAUAGAUUUUUUGAAAAAAAUCUGUGAAUUAAGUGAUAUUUUGUCCGUAUUUUAACCAUUCCAGUCAAAUGUUAAAUGUACCCCUUUGUAUGAAUUCCAUAUUGAACAUAUUUUCAAACUGAUUGCUUUGUUAAUUAAGUUGCUAUCCCAUUAAUGCAGUAUUUUGGUUAUAACCGUGUAAAUCUUGGGGGAAGAGAAGCAUGGACUUAAUAAUAAUAAUAAGGAUAAACGAUACUUGAUAAAUUUACACUUUUCGGUCCCUAUAUGCUUCAGAAAUUUUUUUAAAAAAAAGAUAUAGAAUUAGGCAAUAAUAUGAAAAAUGCUUACGGUACUUAUUAUACUGUUGACUUAUUUUUAUUAAUUUAUUAAUAAUUUUGGUUAACUCAAAGAGGUGACCAUCGGUCUUUUCAAUGCACCUUGGUCAUCUGUUGAAGUUGCAAAAAAUUUCUACUCAGAAUUAAAGUGCUGAAACAGCACCAAAUACUUGUACCUUAGGAGUUUCUUGUUGCGUUAUUGAGAGUUCACUUGUGAUUGCAUUGUUCGCAACUAUAUCAUCUGUUAAGAGGAAUUCCCUGUAUUUUUGUCUGUUUGGAGCUCUAUUAACUUAAAUGCUUACCGUAUCUCGCUCCAAACAGACGGUAUAUAAAGUAAUUUUUUUUUUCUGAAUGAAAUUAAGUAAUCAUUAUUCAUUAUAGAUUGUCAAAGAUAAUUGGGUUUAAAUCAUGUAUCUAUCAUGCAACCACUGGGAAUCAAAUCAUCUUGAAAGUCAAAUUUGUAAUUUUGCCUUGUUUUACUUGUAGUUUUGGAAAGUUUAGUUUUGACAGAUUUAUUCUUGUAACCCUGUAGACACAUGCUCAAAAUGCCAUGGCUAGUUGAAUAAACCAGUUUGUAGAUAAUACCUGGGGUACGGUCAGAUAAAGGUCAUUUGUACAAAAUUUUAAAUAAAAGUUAUGUAAUCAUUUUUCUUUUAUGCAAAGACAAUACAUUCUAUGGUACACAGGUAGAAUUUUUCCUCUCAAGAGGGCAAAUGAAAGGUAUUCAAAUAGCACCUCCAUGUCAACAUUUUGACAGUGAUUAUUCUAAAAUGCACAAAGUGGGACUUUGAUUCAUUUGUACUCUGUAUAGUUUAUGCAUGUUUCUCUCCCUAACCUGUAACUACCAGCCAUUUCAUUCACCUGCUUUGAAUGAUGGCAUCUCUAUGGGUGGAUUCCACUGUUCGUACAUUAGUCGUUGCUAUGUCAGGGAAGCGUUGGCAAUCAUUUUAGUUGUCAAGAGAAACUAUAAAAAUAUGCAUACAAUUAGUAAAUGAGUUUGUCAAACUAGGGUUACUUGGGCUGUCUUUAAGAAUACAAGCCAUAGAAUAACCACAUCUAUCUGUCAUGAGCCACGAAUGCGCAUUGAAGGGAGUGAAAGUAACGGUGUGUGUGGAGGAUUUAUCUUAAUGUUGAUGUUCUCAUUAAAAUGAGCUAUAGUAUA